UGCCGUCUCCGGUAGAAAUCCAUUUCCUGGUUCGUCCUGCUCGGACUAGCGGCCGCCGUCCGGACGGUCCUCGCCGCGGAUCGCGGAAUUGGGCAGAGAGUGAUAAAAGGAGGGUUCACAUGUCCGACCCCUCCCCAUUCCGCGUGCUGCAGCGGCGGGUCAGAGGAGGGAGGGGGAUUUCCUCAACUCUACAGUUUCAUGUCGGACUUGUUCCAGGAGCACAGAGUGAAGCGGACUUGCUAAGGCAAUGGGGAUAACUUCUUCCUGGAGGUUAGUGAAGUUACUCUGCUUUUUCAUUGCGCUUGUCCUCUCUGUUCAGAUCUUAGUGGACAGAGUAACACAGAGUAAACAUCCGGCAGAGCCAAGUCCCCUCCCCGCGGAGGAGUACAGAGUCCUAUCCCCUGAAACAUACCGCUAUCUUCUCAACCAGCCGUCUGUAUGCAAAGACAAAAAGCCCUUUCUGGUGUUUAUGGUACCAGUUGCACCUCUGGAAGCUGCAGCAAGGGAAGCCAUCAGAAAAACAUGGGGUGCUCCAAGACAGGACACCCUUACCCUGUUCUAUGUGGGCUUACCUGAGGAGGGACAGGGGUCAAGGAGCCAGAAGGAGCUGGAGGAGGAGAGCAGGAAACACGCAGAUAUCAUCCAGAUGAACUUCCAGGACAGUUAUCAGAACCUGACAAUCAAGACUAUGAUGAUGAUGAACUGGCUGGCGACCCACUGUCCAAAUGUCUCCUAUGCCAUGAAAGUGGACGCCGACAUCUUUGUGAAUGUGUUCUACCUCAUGAGACGCCUGGGGGGCUCUCCCAGGCAGGGCUUCAUCACCGGCUCAGUGAUAUGGGACGGCAAGCCAAGGCGGGACAUCAACAGCAAGUGGUAUGUGUCAGAGGAGCUGUACCCCGAGGACAGCUUCCCGCCUUAUGUGUCUGGAGCCGGGUAUGUGUUCUCUGCAGACCUGGCUGCCAGGAUCUCCUGGGCAUCCAGGUUUGUUGGGAUGAUCCCCCUGGAGGACGUCUAUGUGGGUUUGUGUCUGCGUGUGCUGGGUGUCAGGCCCGUGUACUCCCGCAGCCUGCUCUUCCUCAGGAACCUGUUCCAAAUCCAGAAUCUGGAGUACGACAGGUGCACUUUUAACAAACUGCUCAUCGCCAACGGCUUUAAUCCGUCACAACUGCUGCACAGUUGGCAGGACUUCUCCCAGGGUCAUUCUAGCUGCUGAAAGAGGAGAUUAACACGUAUGAGAGCUUGAAACAAAGUUUAAAAUAAUGACACAAGUAGCCUUUUGUAAAGGACACAAAGUCAUUGGAGACACAGCCAUUAGGUCGGGGGUGCUGGGUGAUGAUUGGUAACUCAGAAAAAUUCAAAUGGUAACCUUUUCACUUUUCCCACUCACCAAAAGAACCCCCCCCCCCCUCUACGUAUUUUGUCUCUCCCUCUCUUUCUCAAUUUUGAGACACCCAAACAUGUCAGACAGGGACAGUCUCCUGCUGUGAGAGACAUGUGAACAACCAACUCAGGAAGAUUUCAGUAGCACUAUUUAGAUAUUUACGCCUUUAAUCUGAAUGUUGUGGAGGAGUAAUGGGGGGAGGAAGUGAUCCCCCCCUCUGUACCGUCUUUGGUGGUAGGAACAGAAGAGUUACAGGUGAGAGACGGUUUUAGCGGAGUCAGUGGGGGAGCGCAGCGCUGUGUGUGUGUUCAUGUCUGACUGUGUGUGUGUCCAUGUCUGACUGUGUGUGUGUCCAUGUCUGACUGUGUGUGUGUCCAUGUCUGACUGUGUGUGUGUCCAUGUCUGACUGUGUGUGUGUCCAUGUCUGACUGUGUCCAUGUCUGACUGUGUGUCCAUGUCUGACUGUGUGUCCAUGUCUGACUGUGUCCAUGUCUGACUGUGUGUGUGUCCAUGUCUGACUGUGUCCAUGUCUGAAUGUGUGUGUGUCCAUGUCUGACUGUGUGUGUGUCCAUGUCUGACUGUGUGUGUGUCCAUGUCUGACUGUGUGUGUGUCCAUUUCUGACUGUGUGUGCGUCCAUGUCUGACUGUGUGUGUGUCCAUGUCUGACUGUGUGUGUGUCCAUGUCUGACUGUGUGUGUGUGUCCAUGUCUGACUGUGUGCGUGUGUCCAUGUCUGACUGUGUGUGUGUCCAUGUCUGACUGUGUGUGUGUCCAUGUCUGACUGUGUGUGUGUCUGUGGAGCUCUCACUGUGCCGUGCUUCAGCAACCCUGAAUGUGAAUUCACAGACUGGGACACCGAUAUUACGCCGUCGCAGAAUCAAUAUGAAUGUUCAAAGACGUGAUGAAGGCUGAGACUAGUAACGGCAUUUUUGCAACAACAACAAAAAAAAAAUCAGUCUGAACAGGGCUAGGGGUCUGACAAUUUCUGGAUAUUUUCAGGAUUGCAUUUGUGAAAACGUCUUUAGAGACUGGUCCGCUGGAAAUGUUCCGUAUGUGUGAUUGUCAAUCUUUAAACUUGAAAGUCAUAGUUGUUCCAUACACACAUUUGUUGUGAAGCUAAACUGAAAAAAAAUAAAAUUAUAGUAGAAGCUAAAUCAGCCAAAUCUGAUGAGGCUGACCUAAUUCUGAGAGGGGAACAGCCCUCGGACAAACAUCCAGAUUAGAACCCCAUCCAUCAAUACAUGCACCUGCAGAAGCACCUUGAACCUCGGCUUUUGAAGGUUGCUAUUGAACUGAAGGUUGUAACAUCAGAACAAAAUAUGCAGAGAGAAGGACGUGUAAUGCAUUUACCUUGACUCAAACCAAUAAGCCAUAUGCAAUCAUAAUAAGGAUUAAAGUCCCUCGUAGCUGCAGCCUCACAAGAACCUAUGUCAGUGUGUUUGUCGCUGAUACAAUCCAGCCUGACUUUGGAGCAGGCAGCACUCAAAACUAAAUAUCUACUGCUGGUGCUUUUACUUCUUCAUCCAAAGAGCUGGGGAGUCAUAUCAUGUUAUCUCCUUUAGGUCUCCUCUAAAGGCAGAUAACAUCAUGUGUUUAAACCAAAGAUGGUAUGAAACAUCUUUUUUUUCUGCCAUUGCAUUUAUACUACAGUCAGUGUCUGAUGGGUUUGGUUCUAUUAUUUAAUUAAAAAAAUAAUAAUAUAUGGAGAUUAAAAAGUCAACUUGCUGAAUUGCGCUGCUGCUAUAUGAUACAAAGAGCUUCAUGUAAUGUAGACUGUUUAGAAUAACCUGCAGUGUAUUAUUGUUCAGGUUACUGUGCCUUUUCUAUUUAUGCAUGUUUGUUGUUGCAUCAAACAACCAGCAGGGGGCAGUGUGUGCUAUGCAAUGAAACACAGUUUACAGUUUGUUGUGCUGAUGUACUUUAUGCUGGACAUGCAGUGCCUAAAGCAGAUACAUUAUGGCUUUUUGUUUUGCAGUGAUAAUUUAUCAUGUUGUUGUAUCACCUGUUGCCUUCUUUGUUGUCCAGACAAAAUCAAAGUCUUGGACAAAAAUGAAAAAAAAAGGAAAGUUUGUAUUUAUUUAUCCCUUGAAAAGCGUUCUCUCUUUGUUGAUUUUGUAAAAAGCAAACUUCUGCAAAUUAAAAGGAAAACAAGGAACAAACACAAA